CGCUGCCGCCCUCGGGGCGUGGCAGCCCUUGGCCGUGCCGCCGCCGCCGGGCGAUCUCCAAGCGGUGAUCUCCAAGCGCAGCUCGGCUCGGCUGCGGGCCAGGAGGGGAGGGUCCGGCCUUGCCCCGCAGGCGUCCAUUGGCGGUCUCCCCCAGCCUCCGCGCCAUGCCGCUGGCCGUGUGAGCCGCUGCGGGCUCCGGAGCCCGCAGGUGCCGCAGGCGCGCCAGGCCCGGGUGGGGAGGGGGCGCCGUGCUCACCAUGCUGCGAGGACCCCGGGCCUUAGCUCCGGCCGCAGGGCAGCCCCCGAAGGGGCUGCCAGCUAUGAGCCCCACCGAGCUGUGGCCUCCCGGCCUUGGCAGCCCCCAGCUCUGCCCGACCACCACCACCUACUACACCCCGCUGUACCCGCAGACGGUGCCCCCGGCUGCAGCCUCGGGCACCUGCCUCGACGCCACCCCCCACGGACCCGAUGGCCAAGCUGUGCGAUGCGUGCCUGCAGGCCGGCUGCCGGCCAAAAGGAAGCUGGAUCUGGAGGGGAUCGGGCGGCCUGCAGUCCCUGAAUUCCGGACUCCCAAGGGGAAGGGCAUCAGAGUGGAUGGCCUCCCCAGCCCCAAAACCCCCAAGUCUCCUGGGGAGAAGACUCGGUAUGACACAUCACUGGGGCUGCUCACCAAGAAGUUCAUUUACCUGCUGAGUGAGUCCGAGGAUGGGGUCCUGGACCUGAACUGGGCUGCGGAGGUGCUGGACGUGCAGAAGCGGCGCAUCUAUGACAUCACUAAUGUGCUGGAGGGCAUCCAGCUCAUCCGCAAAAAGGCCAAGAACAACAUCCAGUGGGUAGGCAGGGGAAUGUUUGAAGACAAUACCCGGCCUGGGAAGCAGCAGCAGCUGGGGCAGGAGCUGAAGGAGCUGAUAAGCAUGGAGCAGACCUUGGAUGAGCUCAUCCAGAGCUGCUCUCUGAACUUCAAGCAGAUGACCGAGGACAAGACCAACAAGCGAUUGGCCUACGUGACUUACCAGGACAUCCGCGCUGUCGGCAACUUCAAGGAGCAGACGGUGAUUGCCGUCAAGGCCCCUCCUCAGACAAGGCUGGAGGUUCCCGACAUGAAUGAGGAGAACCUGCAGCUAUAUCUGAAGAGCACCCAAGGGCCCAUCGAAGUCUACCUGUGCCCAGAGGAGGUGCAGGAGCCGGACAGUCCUUCCAUGGAGCCGCUCCCCUCCACCUUCACCCCCAGCCCCAGCCCUGAGCCUGUCCAGCCCAGCAGUGACACCAACGCUGGGACUAUGGAACCUGCAGUGUCCUCAGCACCAGAGCUGACUCCUGAGCAGGUUCUGCCAUUGCCGCCACCAUUGCCGCCUCCGCCGCCGCCACCACCCCUCAUGCCCCUGGAGGCCACUGACAACAUGCUGGAGUUGCCACACCCACUUCUGCAGCAGACCGAGGACCAGUUCCUGUCCCCGACGCUGGGAUGCAGCUCCCCUCUGAUGAGCUUCUCCCCAUCCUUGGACCAGGACGACUACCUGUGGGGUCUGGAUGGGGGGGAGGGCAUCACUGACCUCUUUGACUCCUACAACCUUGGGGACCUGUUGAUUAACUGAAUGGCCCUGCCUGCCCCAGUAGCCCCGCCCCUGUCUCUACCUCCUCAUGGACAGACUGACAGGCCCUCUGCCCACACAGGGACAUUGGACACAAGGUGCUGCCCUCAGAGUAAGGGGGUCUCCUCCUCUCCUUUCCCACCCCCCUGCCAGCAGAAGCCGUUAAGGGGGAUUUGGGGUUAGAGGUGAGGAGUGUUUCAAGGUCCUGUCCUUCCUAAUGGAAGCUGGGCCUAGGGAGGUCUGUCCAGUCUUUUGACCUCUGACCUCUAAUGUGAAGUGCCACAGGUGAGGCAACCAGGUCCAGGGAAGGGUCCUGCCAGCUCCUUUGGAGGGUAGUUAGGACCCUCGGUUUAUCAAGAAGCACUUAAUGCCUUUGUAUUUAUUUCACGUUGAGUUUUGUUUGUUCAUCUUCCCUGAGUUUCAGCAGGGAGAUUGUUCUAGUUUCUAGGAAGACUCUUCCUCAGACAGACCCAGUGCUGUCCACUGGCCAAGGGCUGGCCUGGCCUUCCAGAGCCCCAGGCAGCUCCCUGAUGGCCCCUCAGCAGUGGGGGCUGGGACACUCAGGGGCCCUUCCGUUGGCCGAGUGCUAAUUGCACUUAGGCCUUGUAAUUCUAGUACGUGGUAGCUGCAGGCCGGUGACCUCUCCUCUGCUCCCAGCCCGGCGUCUCCAGCUGAGCGCCAGCCUUGGCGUCUUGGUCUCCUUUGCCCCAGAAAUGGUUCUAGGAAGCCAUCUCAGGGCAGAGGGCAUUGGGGCUCCUGGGGAAGCAGGAGCGGCCAGUUAAGGAGACUCCUUUCCUAUGGAAUUCCUUACCUCUCCCUUCCCUUUGAACGUAAAAAUGAUCGUUCAGGGAAAGCGCUCCUGAGGAGAACCCAGACAGGAAUGUGGAGGCGGCUGUGCUGGCCGCUGUGGACAGCUUUCCUCGGUUUUUGCCUGGCCCUGGUACGGGGGCUAUUUUACACCAUGGACUUGGGAGGCAGACACAGCUCCACGCAGAGAAGGGAGAGGUUAAAACAAGGAGCUCUGUGACAGGAACUCUGCCGAUAAGCAUUCCCUCUGGUAGCUGCUAG